AUGGUGUUGUUCACGGUUGUCGGCUCUCUGAACUACGAUCUUGUCUCAUACACGGAGAGAGUCCCCAAGGCUGGUGAGACUUUUAAAGGUGAUUCGUUCGAAACUCAUGUUGGUGGUAAGGGACUGAACCAGACGGUUUCGCUGGCGAGACAAGCCCAGGCUGGCGAUGCCGUCAGAAUGGUUGGUAAAGUUGGCGGUGAUACGUUUGGGAAGGACUUGAUUGAUACCUUGAAGUCGUACGAUGUCGAUGUAUCGCAGGUUGGUGUCCUUAGCGGCGUUUCUUCGGGCGUUGCUGUCAUCAUUGUGGAACGGAGCACGGGUGAGAACCGUAUCCUUAUAACACCAGGUGCCAAUGGAGAAGCUUCUUACACGGAUGAGGAAUUGCACCAACUGUUUACACAUGAUAAACAGGUAGUUGUCUUUCAGAAUGAAAUCAAAGGAACGGAGUAUACCAUACAAUGGCUCUCUAAGAAUAGACCCAACGCUUCGAUUGUCUAUAAUCCUUCGCCUUAUUACUCCUUCAGUUCUAAGCUGACACCACUGGACAUCCUUGCCAAAGAGGAGUUGAGCAACUACGAGACGCUUAUAGCUGAUGACAUGGUGGAAGGUUACAAGCAAUUAUCUUUGAAACUACAACCUCUCCUUAAUCAGAAAAACGAGGCCACUAUAGUGAUAACCCUUGGAACUUAUGGAUCUCUAUUCCGUUCAAAAGAUUCAAUGGGAUUUACUGAAGCAGUAAAAGUUGAUAACGUUGUUGAUACAACAGGCGCAGGUGAUACCUUUCUAGGUGCUUUUGUAACUCAAUUAAUCAGUUCAAGAGAUCCACACAGAGCUUUGAAAUUCGCAGCAUUGGCUUCUUCACUGGCGAUCCAAAAGAAAGGUGCUUCAAACAGUAUCCCAUCUUUCGGUGAAGUUGAACUGUUGUUCAAAUCUUGA